CGCGCAGAACCUGCCCCCAACGCAGGUUUGAUCGCCUGUCGUUGACGGCUCCGAUUCGCUGCAUGCGCCUCCGGCAGCUUUCUCCGCUACCGCUGCUAGACUAACCCGCCGCCGAGCCAGCUCAUGUUGAAUGGCACCCCCGCCAUCUCCCAAAGCGGCGAGCGAGAUGCGCAUUCACUUCCCAAAACGCCCAGCUCCAAACCGCCCAUACCUGAUCGGCGCCGCUCCGGCUCUGCGGAAAACAUCGGUAGCAAAUCACCUCAGCCCUGAGCAUUAUCGUCGACCACCCGCAAAAGCCAGGAACCCCCUCGCACUCAGUGUUCCUCAGAGCUCAGGUCGACCGCCACGUUUUCACAGAGUUGGUUCUGGGCCCAGCGACUUUGAACGAAGAACCGCACCAUGGCUGCGGUACGGACCUUCACGCUGCCGCACUACGACGCCUACCCGGUGCAGGUUGCGCUGUUCAGCGAUGUCAGGAACGCCGCCUUCCUUCGCAGUCAACUGCUGGCUGCGAAUCCCGAGUUCGACUAUGCAUUCCUCGAUGCCGCCAUGAUCCUCACACCCCAGCACCUCCUCACAGCAACGUUCCUCGCGCUGCACGCCUUCCUGAACAGUACGCACAAGACCCGCACGCCCCACAGCGAGCUCGUCUUCCGCCUCAGCCCGAACAACAACAUCGGCGAGUCAUACCGGACUUUCGGGCUGACGGACACGACGACGCGCUUGAUCGCCGUCAAGCUGCCCAUCAACGCUGACGGGACGAGAGACGACUCAGUUUCGAACGAGAAAGUGGGACGGCACCUGGGCAGUGCCGUGGAGGGUGUGAGUGUUGAGCUGUCGGAGGAUGGGGGCGACUUGGGUCGAUUUGCCGAGGUGCACAGGAUCAAGAAGGUGUACAAGAUCACCUGCGCGAAAAGCACGUCUGGUAAGGGAGCAAAGGGAGGCCCGGCUGCGAACGCCGAGAAGAAAGAUGACAGAAGCGAUAUCGAGGCCGUCAUCCUGGGCACCAUGGCGCUCAAAGGCUCGUAGCACAGUACUCCACACAAAAGCACACACGGCGACGACUGCAAUACCAAUGCCAAUACCAAUACCAUACCAAUACUCUCAAAAACUAAACUCCAAUUGCC